AUGGCGCGGUCAUUCGUAUUCCUGAUGAGCAUUUUGGUGCUUGCUACAGCAGCCACUGCACGCGAGCUUCACCUACCGGCCGACAUCUACGACAACGCCGCCGGAGAGUGGAGUGUGGAGGUGGUGUCGUUGUGCCGGUUACCGCUACUAGGGAUUGUGACGUUUAAGAACACCACCGCCGUCGUCGCGUGGCAAGAGGAAGGGGCGCCUGAAAUGAGAAUCAGCAGGCAGUCGACCAAGUCGUCGAUGAGCGUUUCAGCGCUCGCUGAGUUUUUGACGAAGGACAAUCAGAAGCUCUUUUACGCUGUGUGCGAGUCCCAGGAAAACUACCUUGCUACCUCACGGCGACCGGCCCAGGUGGCUGGUAUGACCACAACCUACAUGAAGACUUACUCUGGCGUGCUGGGUCGCUCUUCCGAUGAGAGCACCUGUGACAGUGUCAGCGAGCACACUAUUGCCAUUCAGGCUUUGGGGGCCCCCUUCAAGCGGAGCAAAGGCAAGGAAUGGCGCAUGCAGGAGUCCCUGUAUGUAAUUGAGAUAAUUAUCGAUACGAGGAACAUAAAGGGAGGGUGCGCGGGCACUGGGGUGUCGGACACCGCGCUGGCGAACAAGAAGCGAUCCUGGAAGCGCCGUGCGCACCGAACACUGAGCUCCAGCGCUGUUGUCUCUAAGGCGGACGAAAUGACGGCUGAAAACGGCAUUGUGACGCUGCGCUUUAUUCGCCGCUCGGAAGCACAUCAGCCGUGGUUCUUACGCUACUACACCUCCAUCUUAUUUGCGACCAUCUUCAUCACGUAUCGCGUUGUGCAUUCUUUUUUUUCCGCUCGAGCAGCAAAGUCCUGA